AUGCCUGGUGGGGGAUUAGCCAAGGAGGCAAAUUGUGAAGAUCUGGAAAAGGUUCCUGUGGGCAUUGAUCCAGAAAGGUUCAUACUCCAGAGCGCUGAUUACACAGGGAGAAUUGCUAAAUGGGGGACGAUUCUGGGCGUUUUUGACAUUAAGUACAUUUCUCGCACCGCCAUUAAAGGCCAAGUCCUUACGGAUCUGGUGGCUGAAUUUGCUGAACCCUUACUAGAAGAAGAAGAAGGAAUGCGAAGCAUGGAUGAAAAAUCGAUUAGCGUGAUCUCUCUACAAAGGCCCACCUGUUGGAAAGUAUACGUCGAUGGCGCCGCAAAUCAAAGGGGCUCUGGGGAGGGACUGGUUCUGCUUUCCCCCAAGGGGAUUACCAUUGAAAAGUCGCUAAGACUAGGCUUUUCGGCCACGAAUAAUGAAGCGGAAUAUGAAACCCUACUGGAAGGAAUGUCCAUGGUCCAAAAAUUGGGUGGGAAAUCUGUAAACAUGUUCUCGGGCUCAAGACUUAUUGUGGGUCAAGUAAAUGGGGAAUUGGAGGUAAGAGAUGAAAGAAUGCAAGAGUACUUAGACCAAGCUAAACGUCUAUGGUCACAUUUCGAUUCUUUUAGCCUACUGCACAUAUCCAGGAGCGGAAACACACACGCCAAUUCCCUGGCCACGCUAGCCACCUCCUCGGCUCAAUGUUUACCUCGGGUCAUACUUGUGGAAGAUUUACAAAGGCCCUCGGUAAUGAAGAUAGAAGUGAUCCAUGUCCACAACGUCAGAGUGGGGUCUAGCUGGAUGGACCCUUUGGUACUGUUUCUAAAAGAGGACACCUUACCCAAAGAGAAGUGCAAAGCCGACAAGAUUAGAAGAAAAGCUUCUCGGUUCUGGUUAUCCGAGGACUUGAAACUAUAUAAACGUUCAUUUUCAGGACCAUACCUACUCUACGUGCACCCUGAGGCCAUGGAACUUAUCCUAGAGGAAUUGCAUGAAGGAAUUUACGGAAGCCAUACAGGAGGCAGGUCCUUGUCCCAUAGGGCUAUAAUCCAAGGCUACCGGUGGCCAAACAUGCAGAAAGAGGCGCACAGAUACGUGAAGAAAUGCGACCAAUGCCAGAGGUUUGAGCCAAAUAUACAUCAACUAGGGGGGAUCCUCAAUCCACUCUCCAGCCCUUGGCCGUUUGCUCAGUGGGGCUUGGAUAUCGUAGGACCAUUUCCUAAAGCAGCAGGGAACAAGAGAUAUUUAUUUACCGGCACUGAUUACUUCACUAAAUGGGUCGAAGCCGAACCUCUAGCAAAUAUUAGAGACGUGAAUGCCAAGAAGUUCGUCUGGAGAAACAUUGUCACCAGGUUCGGAGUUCCUCAUACCUUAAUUUUGGACAAUGGUCUUCAGUUCGAUAGUAAGGCUUUCAGAAGGUACUGUGGCGAAUUAGGAAUUGCGAAUAGAUACUCCACCCCGGCCUACCCCCAGGGGAACGGGCAGGUUGAAGCCGUUAACAAGGUCAUAGUAAAUGGGCUGAAGAAAAGGCUAGACGACGUGAAAGGAAGAUGGGUGGAAGAGCUACCACAUGUCCUAUGGACGUAUCGAACGACACCCUACAGAUCAAUAAGGGAACCCCCUUUUCGAUGA